UUGGAGUUCAGCUAAGGUGGGUACGACAAACCAACUGACAGGAAGUGGCGGAUGAGUUUCGUCCACACCUUUUCCGGUUUUUCAUUCGGCGCUUGAGAGGCGGCUGCCUGCUGGGGCGAACGUAGGAGCAAAGCCUAUUAUAGAAUGAUGAGCCUCUACAGAGGGACGGCGGGAGGAAUUCACACACAGGACGCUUGAAAUCGGUGCACAUCGACUCCCCGAUGACAGCUGGUGGGGCAGGAAAAAAUUAAAGCUUCCCCGACGGGCCUUUGAAUGCUUUCUCUACCUCUAGCCGAGAAAAGACGGGGGGAAAAAAGAAGCUCUGAGCCGCGCGUCGUUCACACGUAAAGAGGAAGUGGAAGAAGCACAGUGAAGGCUGCUCCAGGCCUCAGCCGGAUUUCUGACAGCUCCAAUACCAUGUUUAAGGCUGCUUUAACGUCUUAAUUAUCUUAAUCGUGAGGAUUACUGGGCGUUUGAGUUAUUGCAGGUGUGGCAACAGUCGAGGUUUCAUUCCCAGUUUGAAAACUGUGGUGCCUGAACGCUAAGGAGACCCUUACACACCUUACUGCUGCUAGCUGUGAUUAUGAGCCGUGUGACAGAUUUACAUCCUUUUAUUAACUAGUUCACAUCCUGCUUCUGAAUUGCCAUUUCUAUUCUUGCGGACUGAAGUUACGUCUAUCUUAACUGCCUUUAGAACCUGCUCCUCUGGGAGUUGACUCAUAGUUCAUGUUAACUGACCAACCGGCAUACUCGCAAAGCAACUGGUCCUACUUGAUAAAGUCUAUCCAGCAGCGAUUCUAUUAUACUUUCAGGUAACAUUGCCUGUUGAACGUAUUCUUUUUUUAAAUUAGGGUGAAGGAGAUAUUUAUGAACUAUUCAAAAGAUGGGGAAGAUGCUGUCAAAGAUAUUUGGUAACAAGGAGAUGAGGAUAUUGAUGUUGGGCUUGGAUGCAGCAGGCAAAACCACCAUCCUUUACAAACUGAAACUGGGCCAAUCAGUGACCACGAUUCCGACGGUGGGUUUCAACGUGGAGACGGUGACCUACAAGAACGUCAAGUUCAACGUGUGGGAUGUGGGAGGCCAGGACAAGAUCCGCCCACUGUGGCGCCACUACUACACAGGCACGCAAGGCUUAAUCUUUGUGGUGGAUUGCGCAGACAGGGAUCGCAUUGACGAGGCCCGACAGGAGCUGCACCGCAUCAUCAAUGACCGUGAGAUGCGGGACGCCAUUAUCCUGAUUUUCGCCAACAAGCAGGAUCUGCCUGAUGCCAUGAAGCCACAUGAGAUCCAGGAGAAGCUUGGACUCACACGCAUCAGAGACCGCAACUGGUACGUGCAGCCUUCGUGCGCUACCACAGGUGACGGACUGUAUGAAGGCUUGACGUGGCUCACCUCUAAUUACAAAUCUUAAUGACCGCUUGCUUUGGCCUGGACUAUUUUAGUUAAGAAGGAAAAAAAAAAAAAUUCCAAGGAAUAAACUUAACAACAGUUACUUCAGUAUGCGCAAAAAGUUUGAAUUAUAUUUUCAUUUAUUUUUUUGAUUGUUGAAAUGACCCCUUAACUAAUAAUUUAUAUCUUUUGAAUGAGAUUGGGUUUGCUUGCUUUGUAGCUUGGCCACCUUCCUUAAUUAACUGUUGUUUAAAGUAUUUCUGAUUUUUUUCUUAAUGCAGAAUCUAUAUUUUUUUUCCUAAUGAUGUAGGGCUUUCUAUUUCUGAUUCAUUCUUUCGUUUUGAUUUCAUUUUUGGUUAAAAACCUAUUCUUUUUGGAACCUUUCUGUCUGUCGUCUGUGUUUUUGGAGUCUGUGUGAGGAAGAAAAGAAGAAAAAAAAAAAUGAAGGUCUGUCUCCUGCAAAUAGUCCUUGGAUGUGGUGUAUUAAGAAAGCUUAUUAAUAAGCGAGAUGUUUCAGACCGUAGGACAGUCUUACUGACAAAAUUGUAACAAAUUCAAUAGCCGAUUGUGUCACCGGUUAAACUUUACCAUUGUCAUGAUGUCCCUGGCAUCGCAAAAUGGUUAAACUGUAAAUGACCCCAUGAAACAUUUAUUAUAUGCAAGUCUAUGAUAUUUACUCUGGAAGGAGCACAUGACAUUCAUAAACUGUUUAAAAAGGAAAAAAAAAUAACCACGACAACAGUAAUAAUAAUAAUCUACAUCACGCUGUCACAUGGUUCAAAAUCGAACCCUGGGGUUUCUUUAUUGUCAUGUAGCCCAAAAGUCAAGUAAAGCAGCUGAAUACCUUUUAUUUUGUAAUCCAUUAAGACCUUUUUUGUACCACUUAGGCUAAUUUCAGUCUACGAGUAUGUCAGUUGAAGUCAUGAAGUCAUGUGUCUUCACAGUGUGGGAUUGUUACCCUCUUGCAUUUCCACCGUAGUGCUUGCAUCAGAGUGAACUGAACUUGCCAUAGAAAUGGGGGAUCUUUCACAUGACUCAUUUUUCUCAUUGCUUUACUCAUUUCAAAAACCAUUGUACAGAGACUGAUUGUAAUUGUAACAUCUAAUUAAACUUAGACAUUUUAAAGAUUUUA